AUGUUUAUUUUAUCAAAAUUACUUGAAGAUGCAACAAUUUAUAAUUCAAUAUUGAUAUACCACAGGUCAUGUCCUAUAAUAUUUAUAUCCAAGCUAAAUAUAUUAGAGAUUUAUAAGGUUACAAAUGGUGAUUUGGUAGAAGUAGAUGCAAUUGAAUUGAAAGGCAAGAUACAAUCAUUCUGUAAAAUUAAUAUCAAAGAUCAAGAUUUGGUGCUUUUCGUAAAUGAUCAAUUCGAAAUUGGAUUAAUAUAUCUGAAUGGCGAAUCCUCAAUCAUAGUUCACAUUUUAAAUAAAUUAUCAAUAGUUGGUCAACAACAAAAUUAUGAUUCAAAACCAACAUUAAUCCCAUCAUCAUAUAAAAAUCCAAAGUUUAUCGUACUAAGUAUUUUUCAUUCAAAUUUACAAAUUCUAAAUCUUAAUUCUUCAUUUGAAAUUGCUCAAUCAUCUAACAAAAAGAGGAAAUUUGAUCAAAAAUUAUUCAAUCUCAAUUCAAUACCCGUGGGAAACAUAUCAAUAAAACAAAUUAUUACCCUAAAUAAUCCCGAAUUAAUUGUGAUCUUGUAUAAAGAUCCAACUUCUGAAUCAUUUUUCAUUAGAAGCUACAUAUUAUACAACAAUAAAUUGGAAUUAUAUAAACAAUAUUCUGAAUUUGAAGAAGAACCAAGUUUAAUAGUACCUUUACAAGAUGGUUUUCUUGUUCUCAUGCCUGGUAAAUUGGUUUACUUUCCAUUUACGAAGAAGGAUAUAUCAGCACCAAAGGGUGUAACAAUUUCCACAAGAGAAGAAACUUAUAUAAUGAAGAGAUUAUCAACAUCGAGACCAUUUCAAACUUAUACUAUAAUUGAUGAGUCUAGAAUUUUGCUAGUUAAUGAUGCAGGCGAGAAUUAUAUGCUAUACAUGGGACUUGAUCUUAAGAAUCAAUCGUUGUUUUUGAUUAAUCAACUCAAUUUUUUGAAUUUGGGAGUUACUACUAUACCAGACUCAUAUCAAUGCAUAUUCCACAUUGGAAAUGACUUAUUUUUACAAAUUUCAAAAGUUUCAAAAUCGGUAUUGUUUCAAAUUCUUCCAAAUAAGCCUCAUAUUCAUAUAAAAUCACAAAUUGAAACUAGUCCACCUAUAGUAGAUAUGAAAUAUGAGGAGGAUAUACUUUAUACUUGUCAAGGAAGCUGGGAAGGAAGUGAAAUAAGAAAGUACAGCAGUACUAGCUACGAAGUUGAUGUUUUGAAAAGCAAUAAAUUUGAAAGUUUACAUUCUUGUGAAUUGUUUGGUGAUAAGUUAUACAUUGAACAAUGGAAUUCAACUGAUAAUGGAAAAUUGAAUAAGAGAGUAUUUAAUCUAAAACUUCACGAACAAAUAAGUGAAUAUGAGAAAAGUUUUGAAGUUGAUGAUUGGUCAUGUAAAUUUGAAGAUGAUAGAAUAAUAAUAAAUGGAGAAUUGAGAAAUGAAAAAGUUGAUUGUAAAGUAAUAUAUCCAGUAGACAAACUCGUGGUAUGUGCAACUAAUGGUGAAAUUUUCAUAUACAGUAUGAAGAGAGCCUUUCAAUUUCCCCAUUUAUUUGAAGAGGAUAUACAAUCAAUUGAUGUUGUAAAAGUAUCUGAUAGUUUCUUGAUAUUUAUAAAUGAUUUAUCAGGAUUGUAUAAAGUUUUUAAACUGGAUUUGGAAAUGCAUGAAAUACUUUAUGAAAGUCAAUUAAAUGGAUUAUUAAAUAGUAAAAUAUUAUCAGAUUGUUUAAUUUUAUUAACUUCAGAGGGCAUUUUACAUCAGAUCCAUUUCAAUCAAUUAGCUACAAACUUUAUUGCUUCUUCAGUUUCCCAAAGAUUAGACGAUAAAAUAAUGAAAUUAAUCAAGUUUGAUGACAAAUUUAUAGCAUAUAACGAGAAUCAUUUAUUUUUAUUCGACAAACAACUUGACUAUUAUAAAUCCAAUGAAGUUAACAUACAGUCAAAUAUCAAAUUCGUUGAAUUCAUACAACUGAAUAUAUUAUUAACGGUUUAUGAAAAUGGCCUCGUCCAAAUUAUACAAUUAACAAAGUUAAACACCAACAAUUCUUUAUCAUAUAAUAGCAUAUAUUCGAAACUUUUAUUCACAAAAAUAUUACCCAUUGCAGAGUCAGAAUAUCUCAUUAGUCUCGAAUAUGAUAAUUCAACAGGUGAACUAAAGACAAUUUUUAAUUUGAUUGAAAAAUCAACAUGGUGUAUAAUUCAUUCAUUACCAUUUGACAAGAUUGAAUUUAUUGAUAUUUGUCAUGUUCCAAUCACUCUCGAUUCAUAUUCUGCAAUUUUCGUAGCUUUGAAAAAUAACACAUAUCCAUUUUAUAUCUUUGGGAUCAGAAAUGAUAGCAUACAUUUACUUCAACAAUGUAACAUUGAGAAAUUUAAAUUGACUCCUGAAAUUACAUUUCAAUCAAUAUCAUCAUAUAAGGAUAAAAUAUGCAUUAGUGGGAACGUAUUACUUAAUUUAUCAAUAAAUCUUACAAAUGAAGAUAAAUUUGAAUUCGAGAUAUUUGAAGAUGGAUUUAAAUUAUGUCAGGCAUAUGCUACUGAACAAUCAAUAACUAAUGAAACUAUAUAUAUUAGUGAUAUUUUAAGUGGGAUAUUUAGUACUGGAAAAGAAUAUAAAAAUAAUGAAUCGACUUAUUUGGUGAAAUUUGAUGUCCCUACAGAUGAAUAUUCUACUAGUAUAAGUACUUUAAAGUAUGAUAGAACGUAUAAUUAUGCUUUAAUUGGUGAUUCAAUUGGUAAUAUAACAUUUGUGAAGGAAAGGAAAGAUGAAGAAUAUCAACAGAAAGUUGGAGUUGAAUCAUAUUUUAGUUUUCAAUCUGGUGAUCAAGUGAAUAAAAUUGUAGCGGUUAAUAAGAUGUUUGAUCUGGUAACGCAAUUGUUCCUUAUUGGUACUGUGCUGGGUGGUAUUUAUAUGAUGAGCGAAACAACUUCAAAAGAGAUUGAUGAGAUUAUACAAAAGAAAAAUAUUUCUUUACUGCCCGAAGCAAAUAUUGUUGAACAGAGUAAACUAUUAGAGAUUUCCAAUACUAAGGUAAGUAUGGAUAUUAAAGAAUCUAUAAAACAGAUCUGUUUUGAAACUAGUUAUGUUUUAUAA